AUGAGUGAUGAUGAGAGUAUGACAUUGUCUGAGGAUAUCAGUUUGUCAGAGUCUCUCCAUCAACAACAAUGUAAUGUGAUUGCUCGCUUGGUUACUUUGAAUCCAUCUUGCCAACAUAUACCACAUAUGAUUGAGAUGAAGGAUGGUGUACAAUACAUUGUUGGAAGACGUCCACAAUCAGACAUUGUUCUCCAAGACAAACGUAUCAGUUCCCUUCAUUGCAAGUUGAGCCAAAACAUCUUGGACUCAAAGUUCUACAUAGAUGACUAUAGCAAGAAUGGUAUAUUUGUAAAUGGAAAGCGUGUUGGCAAAGGAACAACUGUUCAAUUGGAACAUGGAUGCAUUGUUGGAUUCAUUCCUCAAGGUGCCAUGGACUUUAUCUUCCAAGACUUGUCCAUCAAUUCAAGCAUCAUUCAAUCAUCUCCACAACCUGCUGUCACUAUCGAUGAUGUUUUUCAAUCGUCGUCGUCAUCAUCUGCAAUUGAUUCAAGUUUUGUUGUCAUUGACAGUGUAUUUGCUAAUGUCUCCUCUUCUCCAUCAAUCGUAUUGCCAUCUCUCCAAGAGCUAUUCCCAUACCCAUCUAUAUCAACUACAUCAACAUCAAGUACUACCAACAACAACUCUGGUGCCGACACCUCCUCUGACUCAAUAGUCGCUCAAUCAUUGAAUGAACUUGGUGCACUUGAGGAGAACCUCAUGUGUGGCAUCUGUCAGGACAUCCUUCACAAGUGCAUCACUCUUGUACCAUGCAUGCACAACUUUUGUGUAUCUUGCUAUGGAGACUGGAAUGAGAAGUCUGACGUAUGUCCACAAUGUCGCUGUGAUGUCCAGAUGGCCCAGAAGAACCAUGCCAUCAACAACGUAGUAGAGUCCUAUCUGAGCAUGUAUCCAGAGAAGAAGAGGGACCCAGAAGAGCUGGCCAACAUGGAUGCCAAGUGCAAGAUCACUGAGGAUAUGUUAAAGAAUGGACAACUUGUAAAGAAGAAGGCAAAGCAUUAUCAUCACUCAAUAUUCAAUGUUCAACCAAUGAUCGUUCAAUGUCAGAACUGCACGACACCAAUGCCAGAUGGAUUCACUUGCCCUGAAGGAAGCAGACACCACGUCUGUGGCAGUUGCCACCAACUCUUCCCCUUCAGAGUGCCCUCGCCCGUCAAGGACAAGUGUGACCUGUGUGCCAGACCAUUCUGUGGCAACUACCGCAACUGCUCGGCCAACGUGAUGAUCAAGGUCGACCUGCUCAAGAAUCAAACCUUGGUCAACAUCCCACACAAUGCAUUCUCUGGCAAUCAGUUUGAGGUCAAGGUGAUGAACGACUAUGUCGUCAAGAGUCAGAAGAAUGUCAAUCAGAUCUAUCACGAGGUGCUGGCCGACAUUGAGUCUGGCAAGAUACCCAAGGAGUCGAUCGUCACGACCACUGGCGCAACAGUCUCAUCCGAUUCCUGGGCAUGCUAUCAUUGCACCAGCUCUGUGUUUGGCCAAGCACUGUUCACCUUCCGCAAGAACCUUGCCAAGGAUCAACUUCCAGACUAUGCACAGACACGUGAAGACUGCUACUAUGGCAAGAACUGCAGGACUCAGUUCAACAAGUUUGAUCAUGCCAAGCGUCUGAACCAUGUUUGUGAGCAAAGCAAAUUCUCAGCAGACAACUAG